AAAAAAAGCAAGCUAUUAGCAAGUUGUGUAGGUUCACAAAAUUGUCUUUAUGGUAUUUAAUAUAAGUUUUAGCCUGUCUUUUAUUUAUAAGUUUCUCAUUUUCAGGAUAUCACUGCACACUGAAUGAGUUUCAUGAAUGAGUAACUUGCCCUAGUUUAACCUACAUUACAUAAAUUUGCAAGCUGUCAUGUAUUAUCUAACGGUCUUGGACGUUAGUUCAUUAGUACUUGGUUACUUUAUUGUCAUUAAAUGGACUUUGAGCUUCCAGGCAAUACUCCUUUAAGAGAGUCAUAUAACACUGCAACGCAAAAGAAAAUUUUGAGAAAAAUGUCAAAGCAAAAUGGAUUUCAUGUCAUCACCCCACUUCUCGAGAGCACGGGCAUGUCUAAGCGGAUCGGGACCACCGUGUAUCUGAAGAUGGAGAGCUCACAACCCACCGGUUCCUUCAAAAUCCGUGGAAUAGGAUACAUGUGUCAAAAUGUUGCAAAUUCAAACAAGUCAAAAGGUGUCAUUUGUUCUUCAGGUGGUAAUGCUGGUAUGGCCACAGCAUAUGCAGCAAGAAAACUCAGCCUGCCAGCCACCAUUGUUUUACCCUCGUCGACUCCCCAACUGGUAGCUCAGAAACUUAAGGACCAGGGUGCUACGGUCAAAGUUGUGGGCAAGGUAUGGGAUGAUGCAAAUGCUGAGGCCCUACGUUUGGCUGAAAGUGAAGGUCUUACUGUAAUACACCCAUUCAACCAUCCUCUAGUCUGGAAAGGUCAUUCCAGUAUUGUGCAUGAACUCAAGGCCUCAUUGCCAUCCAGACCUGGAGCUAUAGUGGUGUCCGUAGGAGGUGGAGGUCUGUUUUGUGGCAUAAUGGAAGGUCUGGAUGAGGUGGGCUGGGGAGAUGUGCCUGUCCUGUGUAUGGAGACCGUGGGUGCCGACUGUCUCAAUGUUGCUCAGAAAGCCAGAAAUCUGGUUACACUGCCUGACAUUACAAGUGAAGCAACGUGUUUGGGGGCAAAAACAGCAUGCCAGCAAGCUUUUGAGUACAGCAAACGGCCCAAUGUCAUUUCAGAGGUGGUGACAGAUCUACAGGCCCUGGAGGCAGUGGAACUGUUCCUGGAUGAUGAGCGUGUGUUGGUGGAGUUGGCCUGCGGAGCGUCAUUGGCUGCAGUGUACAGCGGUGUCAUCCAGAGGCUACAGGAAGAGGGACGCCUUCCUAAACCACUCGACUCACUGGUAAUGAUCGUGUGUGGGGGUGGCAGCGUGAACCUGGCUCAACUGCAGCAUCUACAGGCAGUCAUACGGAAAUGACCACAUCUGUAGAUUCUCACAUCUGAGAUAAAUGGUCAAAGCAUCUGCUUUGAGUUGUGCUGACAUGUUGUGUUGCAUAAAUCUAAAGAUAAUAUGGAUAAUCUACUGUAUUUCAAACAGCUGAGAGCAAACUGUCUAUCAGAGAAGUCUGUUUUGAGCAAACAUCCAGAGCUAGACAAAAUCUUAAGCUUUUCUGUAACACCUUGUUUUAGUGAAACGGUGUAAUAAAAUCCUUUAUCGCCUCAGAAUCUUGUCACUUACCACCUGUAACCAGCAAGUGGUGCUAAUGUCUGUUGUUUUGAUAUUUGUGUCCUAGUGUUCACACUACAAUAAGUAAACAAUAAAGUAUGACCAAUGUUUUUUAGGACAGUAGUAACUUUCAAAUUAAAUUUUUAACUGCAAGGAAAAAUUAACUGUAAUCUGGUCAUUAUCGCAACAUAAAUCAAAUCAUAAGGACUUGAAUCAAUUGUAUAUAUCUUGCAUGAUAAUUACAUGGCUACGUAAUAAAAUAGAUUAAUUUAAAAUAAUAAAUUUUAUUAUCUAAGACGGAGACAAUAAACUAUUACCUGUGUGUAAAGUGAAAGUGACAUGCAGAAAAUACAUGUCUCAUGUUCGCUCAACUUUCUUGUGCACACGCAAAGUCUUCAGACUAAUGAAACUCAUUUUAGCCACAGAAUUUAAAAUAAAUAAAUACAUAAGACAAUUGUGAAAUCUCAAAAUUUAAACUUUUUUUCUUGCCAUUCUCAAUCUUAUCUUUAUAUAUAAACUCUGAAUUGUGAAAAAAGUCUGAUUUGUGAAAUAUUGCAAAAAAUUAUUAUUGGCGGAAACAGUUCUCACAAUGCUGUCUUUUUUUUCUGGCAAUUGCGCAUUCAUAUCUCAUACUUCUCAGAAAAAAAGUGGAAUUGCGAUACAUAAACUUGCAACUGUGAAAAAAUGUCUGAAUAAUAGUGAGAUGCAAACUCAGAAUUGUUAAAAAAAAAAGAGUGAGAUAUAAACUCGCAAUUGUGAGAUUUGUUCAUCUUUUUCAUUUAUUCAUGCAAACAAGCUUUUCAUAAUUCUCUGGCAAGUUUUCUGGCAAUUGAGAGUUGUGUCUCAAUUCUGAGAAAAAAAGUAGAAUUGCAAGACGUAAACUAACAAUUAUGAGAAAAAAGUCAGAAUUGUGAAAUAAAGUCAGAAUUGCGACAAAAAGUCAUAUUUGUGAGAUAAAAAGUCGCAAUUAUCAUUUUUUUUUUUUUUUUAUUUCGUGGCAGAAAUAAGCUUCCAUAUCAGAUUUUGGAACUAACGGAAAGUUGCACAUGCAACAGUAGAAUGCAAACCGCCGGCUGUACCUCAGGAGCCGCUUUGUUUCCUAAAGCUGCUGUAAAUAGACUUCAUGAUCCAUGUUAAUAGCGAUGAAAUUACCAAGUACUUUGUCAUGUGACAAAGACAGGUAAUUGUGUUAGAACAAAGACUGUGAUUGUAGUAUCUACAUUAAAUGCUUUAUGGUGCACUGGGAA